AUGAGUUUGAAUGGCAUAUAAAUCCAUCGGUUACAGGGUCUCGUCCUGAGGUCGUUCCUUUUAUACGUCGUAACCGCAGAAAUCGACAUAGAAACGCGGAAAUGAUAGCACUGAAGUUACUGUUGCUGUUAGCCACCUGUGCAGGGGCUGAAAAACUUACGAACGUCAAGGGGCAAGUUGCUUUGGUAACUGGUGGCGCGCAAGGAAUCGGUUACGCAGCCGUCGAGGCGCUUUUGCAUGCCGGGAUUAGGGGGGUGACUAUAGUCGACUUAAAUAUUACGAAAGGGAAAACCGCCGCAAGAGCUUUAAACUUGAAGAAUGGUAGCGGUAGGGUGGUAUUUAUACCUGCGGAUGUUUCGAACGAAAGCCAACUUGAAGAUGCAUUUAAAAUUUCCCUACAACACUGGAAAGGUUUAGACAUUGUCGUCAACAACGCGGGGACUAGCAAUGAGACCAACUGGAAGGCUGCAAUCAACACCAACGUCGUUGGCACCUUGCAAGGCACUUUUUUGGGUUUUAGGUACAUGAGCAAAGGUAAAGGAGGAAAAGGUGGCGUAAUAGUCAAUGUGGCGUCGAUUGCCGCAUUGGGCAAUGAAUUCUACAUUAGUCCCGUCUAUUCUGCUACUAAAAGCUUCAUUUUGGGACUAGGGCGUACACUGGGGCACCAAGUCUACUACGAUUACAACGAAGUGCGCAUUGUUACCGUUUGCCCUGGCCUGACACGCUCCGACCUUGUCAGUGGAGACAGCAUAAAGUCCCGAAUGUCAAAUGCACUUGUUCCUAAUCUUCCAGAUAUCGCUGUGAAAGCUGUAGCAAAUGGUGUUUUUCAGUCGUCGCGGAAUGUGGGUGAAGGUAUACGAAUGGUAAUCGAAGAUGGGAGCAAUGGAAGCGUCUGGGUCAUCGAAGAUGAUGAGCCACCUUAUGAGGUUGAUUUUCCUGACAGGAAAGCCAUGCGAAAAAAGGACCCGUAGCUUCUUUACACUUGGUCAAAUUGUAGUUGAUGUUGUGGCAACUUGAAGAUAGCGGAACUGUUACUCAAAAACUUAAAAUAAAUAGUGUCAAGUACAGUGUUUUAAUUGUCAAACUUGAUACGCCACUGGAAAACAGCACGC